AUGUCCAUCAUGCAAUGCUCCUUCACUCUGCUCAUCUUCAUCAGUGCAGCGAGGUCACAAGUCAAUCCAGCUACAUGCAGGUAUCCACUGGGGAUGACUGGAGGCAAGAUCCAGGACGAGGACAUCUCAGCAUCCAGUCAAUGGUCAGAGUCAACUGCAGCUAGAUAUGGCAGACUGGAUUUCGAUGAUGGAGAUGGUGCAUGGUGCCCGGAGGCAAACGGUCCCCGGAGGCAAAUGGAGUUCCUGCAGAUUGACCUUCGCAUUCUGCACUUCGUCACCCUGGUGGGCACGCAGGGGCGCCACGCGGAUGGUGCAGGCAACGAGUUUGCUCAGCGCUACAGGAUUAAAUACAGCCGUGACGGCUCCCGCUGGGUCUCCUGGCGCGACCGUAAGGGCAGUCAGAUCAUCGAAGGCAACAAGAACGCCUAUGACAUAGUCCUGAAGGACCUGGAGCCUCCGAUCAUCGCCCGCUUUGUGCGAUUCAUGCCCAUCACCGAUCCCACCGCAUCUGUGUGUAUGAGGGUGGAGCUGUAUGGAUGCGAAUGGCUAGAUGGCCUGGUGUCCUACAGCAGCCCUUCUGGAGAGGAGAUGACCUUUGGUGGACAGCAAGUCUACCUUAAUGAUAGUGUGUAUGAUGGAGCAAUGGGUUACAGCAUGACAGAGGGUCUCGGGCAGUUGACCGAUGGAAGUUGGGGACUGGACGACUUCACUCAAAGCCAUGUUUAUGGUGUUUGGCCCGGAUAUGACUAUGUGGGCUGGAGCAAUGCUAGCUUUUCCAGUGGCUCUGUGGAAAUGACGUUUGAGUUUGACCGCAUCCGAAACUUUACAUCAAUGAAGGUUCACUGUAACAACAUGUACACAUCGGGGGUGAGAAUAUUCCAGAAAGUCGUCUGUUACUUCCACUCAGAGUCGGACUGGGAAGCCAGGCCUGUUUCGUUCAAGCCCAAAGUGGACAGUACAAGUCCCAGUGCUCGAUUUGUCACGGUGGCUCUGGGGAAUCGCAUGGCCAAUGCCAUUAGGUGUCAAUUUGCCUUUGGUGACACUUGGAUGAUGUUCAGUGAGAUUGCUUUCCAGUCAGAUACAGCAGUGUAUAAUACCUCUCAUGUUCCGACAAAACGUGGCCAUCCUACAAGCACGCAGCCAGGACUCGAUCCCACGCAUAAGAUUGAUGACAGCAACACGCGCAUCCUCAUAGGCUGCUUGGUGGCCAUCAUCGUCAUCCUGCUGGCCAUCAUCAUCAUUAUCCUGUGGAGACAGGUUUGGCAGAAGAUGCUCGAAAAAGCUUCACGUCGGAUGCUGGAUGAUGAAUUGAGAUCUCGUCUCUCAGACCGCAGAGAAGCUUUUUCUCAUCGUCAGUCAUCCCUCUCUAGUGAUUCAGAAUCUACCUGUACAUACGAGAGAGUUUUCCCACUGGGAUCCGAGUAUCAGGAACCAUCCCGAUUACGGAAAUCACCAGAAUUUCAGGCAAUGGAAAAUCUUGCAAUCAUGUCUGAAUCGCCUGACCAGCAUACAUCCACCACUAAAGAUGACGUCCCUCCUUAUGCAGAGGCAGAUGUAGCAAGGCAACAGAAAGCAACGAGCAGUCAUUGUUAUUCCAUUGCAGCGAUCAGCAUGCCUCCUGGACGAGAUGGUGCACUGGAAGAAUUUCCCAGAGAGAAGCUGACAUUCAAAGACAAGCUUGGAGAAGGCCAGUUUGGAGAGGUUCAUCUCUGUGAGGCAAAAGGAAUGAAGGAUUUUAUGAAGGAAGAUGACAGUGACAUCAGGGAUGAGCCUAUUCUGGUGGCUGUAAAGAUCCUCAGAGAGGAUGCGACUAAAAACGCAAGGAAUGACUUUUUAAAGGAGAUAAGGAUCAUGUCAAGGUUGCGAGACCCCAACAUUAUUCGCCUGCUGGCUGUGUGUGUAGAGAGUGACCCCCUGUGUAUGAUCACAGAGUACAUGGAGAACGGAGACCUCAACCAGUUCCUCUCUCACCAUGAGCUUGAAGCUUUGGGACAAGACCAGGAGUGCACAGCCACCAUCAGUUACAGUGUCCUGAUCAACAUGGCUGCUCAGAUCGCUUCGGGUAUGAAGUAUCUGUCUUCUCUUAAUUUUGUGCACCGUGACUUGGCCACACGUAACUGCUUGGUAGGGACAAAUUACACCAUCAAGAUUGCAGAUUUUGGCAUGAGCAGGAACCUGUACCGCGGUGAUUACUACCUCAUCCAGGGCCGAGCCGUGCUUCCUAUCCGCUGGAUGUCCUGGGAGAGUGUUCUCCUGGGCAAAUUCACCAUGGCCAGUGAUGUGUGGGCUUUUGGUGUAACACUCUGGGAAAUGGUCACUCUGUGCAAAGAGCAGCCAUACUCACAACUCUCAGAUGAUCAAGUGAUCGAGAACAUGGGCGAGUUCUUUCGAGACCAGAACAAGCAGGUGUACUUGCCGAGGCCUUCGUGUUGCCCCGAUGCCGUCUACCGCCUCAUGCACAGCUGCUGGAGGAGGAACGCCAAAGAAAGGCCGACGUUUGAGCAGAUCCACACUGCUCUGCUCGAAUGCCAGGAUGAAAGCAUGCUGAGCGAUGAAUCUGACACAAAUACACAGUUCUGA